GAACAGCAAAAAAAGAGACUAGCUAGGGUACGUAGCUAACGAUAAGAAAUGGCUUUUGCCACUGGAAAGCGUGACAAAGGUGAGCUGCUUGGUGCCCAAGCCGAGACAUGGCACCUACUAUUCGGUUUCAUGAACUCGUUCAAAUUGAAAACUGCUGUUGAAUUAGGCAUACCCGACAUCAUCCACAAACACGGCCAACCCAUGAAACUUUCCGACCUCGUCUCCGCCCUUCCGAUCAACCCCACCAAAGCCCACUGCAUCCGUCGCCUUAUGCGCAGCCUGGCACUUUCCGGCUUCUUUCUCGAGAAAAAAGCCCGAGAAAGUGAACUCCUGGAAACUGAGUACACUCUCACCCCCACUUGCCAGCUUCUCUUAACUGAGAAUCCCUUCGGCAUAUCGCCGUUCUUGCUGGCCAUGCUCGAUCCAUGUUUGAUAAAAUCGUGGCAAUGCUUGGCCACCUGGCUCCAGAAUGAUGAUCCCACGACGGCUUUUAACACCGCCAAUGGGACGUCGUUUUGGGAAUAUGCCGGCCAUAAGCCGACUCUAAACCUUCGUUUUAACGAGGCAAUGGCGGCUGAUUCGCGGUUGAUAGCGAGUGUGAUGAUUAAGGAGUUUAAGGGAGUGUUUGAGGGGCUGAAUUCGUUGGUGGAUGUCGGCGGCGGCACCGGAACAAUGGCCGCCGCCAUUGCCGAUGCUUUCCCAAACUUGAAGUGCACAGUGUUUGAUCAGCCACAUGUAGUUGCUAAUUUGCAUGGGCGUAAGAACUUGAACUUCGUUGGAGGGAACCUGUUUGAGAACAUUCCGGCAGCAGAUGCAGUAAUGCUCAAGUGGAUCUUGCACUUCUUGGGUGAUGAAGACAGCAUCAAAAUGUUGAAGAAGUGCAGGGAGGCAAUUCCAAGCAAAGAAAAGGGAGGAAAAGUGAUCAUCAUAGACAUGGUGAUGGGGAUCCCAAAGGCAGAUGAUGAAUCGAUUGAGACUCAACUCUUCUUCGACAUGUUAAUGAUGGUCAACGUAGCUGGUAAAGAAAGGAACAAGAAAGAAUGGGCAGAGCUGCUUCACAAAGCUGGUUUUAGUGAUUACAAGAUCCAUCCAAUUUUAGGUUUAAGGUCUGUUAUCGAGGUGUAUCCUUAAGGAGCUCAACAUAUAUGGUCAGUUUCCUUCAAGUGAUUAGGCUUAUUAGGGUUUAUAAUUCAAAAGGCAAUGUUAACACUGAAAUCCUACUAAUAAGAUGUAUGGAUCUUGGCAAAUCGUUAGUUUAAUUAGUUGAACUAUAUAAUUAGAUCUGUUAGAGUUUAUGCAUGUAAUAAGGACUAUGUCCAUGUUGAAAUCCUAAUAAGAAGUUGUAUCUUGUAUGCAUUUUAGCAAAUUGUUA